ACUAAUAUACCAUCUUUCAUUUAAUAAAUAACCAUUGCAUGUGGUUAUCCAAGGCUGGAUUAUGGCUCCAUUCCAGGGCCCAGACCCCACCUCCCAUGUGAUGCUUCCCUUUUUAUGCCCCUCACUCAACGUUCCGAAUUCAUCUCAAUCUUCAUUCCUCACCUAGACUCUGCAAAAUGGCAAGGAAAACUUUGCUCCUUCUGGCAUUGACAUGCCUCUUCAUCGGCCUCGCAGCCGCCGACUGGAACAUUUUGAACCCGAAAUGGAGACUCGACGCAAAACAAGAUCCCUGGAAGAACUACUGUGAAAGUUGGAGGAUCAAUGUGGAGCUGAACAACAUAAGGGAGUUCGAAGCAGUUCCCCAAGAAUGCGUCAAUCACAUCAAGAAGUACAUGACUUCGUCUCAGUAUGCGGCCGACUCCGAGCGAGCAAUCGAGGAAGUGAAACUAUACUUGAGCCGCUGCUGCUCAUUGAAAGGUGACGGCAAAGAUGCAUGGAUUUUCGACGUCGACGACACCCUGAUCUCCACCAUCCCUUACUUCAAGAAACAUGGUUUUGGGGGAGAGAAGGUGAACUCAUCUUCUUUGGAGGCAUGGAUGAAAGAGAGCAAGGCACCAGCUCUAGACCACACAUUCAGGCUCUUCCAUGAGAUCAAAGACAAAGGGAUCAAAAUCUUUCUAGUCUCUUCAAGAAAAGAAACCCUUCGAUCUUCGACCGUCGACAACCUCAUGAAGGUUGGAUACCAUGGAUGGGCUAGUCUCAUCUUAAGGGGCCUUGAUGAUGAAUACAUGCAUGUGGAGCAAUACAAGGCCCUGGCAAGGAAGAAGUUAGUGGAUCAAGGAUACCGCAUAUGGGGAAUCGUUGGAGAUCAAUGGAGCAGCAUAAAGGGGCUGCCAGAGGCAAAGAGAACAUUCAAGCUCCCAAAUUCCAUUUACUACCUGUCUUGAAACUUCAGCUGAAAUCGAUUUCUGUGCCCAUUUUUCCACCUAAUGUGCUUUUAUUUUCUAUAAAAUUUGAACAAACACUGGAACUAAGGAUGGUAGAGAAGAAGCCAAAAAUAGCAAAGCAGGGCACAAAAUUAGAGCUCUAUAACUCUGCCUUCAAAAUCUAUACACAAGACUCUGCCUGCAAGAAAUCAGUGUUUUAUUUUCUAUCAAAAGUUGUUCAUUCUUGGAUAUUUUUGCAGAAAUUUCUAGUUGUCAA